AUGAAGCAGGCGCACUCGGCGGCGGAAACGGAGGAUGCCCUCGAGACGAUCGAAUCCGACUACGACGCCUACACAGCAAGCACCUUUCGCGACGACUGGAUGGCUGUCUGGUCCCGUAUGCACGGUUCUUUCGAAGACACCACGAAGCUCCGCCCCAUGCGUUUCACCGACGAGCCCCCGCCCCGCUACGGCGCCUUCCCCAUGAACACUCUGCAGGUGUAUUCAGUCAGGGUUGAAGGAAUCAGAAGGGGCUUGCAGUGGCCGCUCGAUGUGUUCGGCAUCGUCGCCGCACGCGACACCGUCGACUUCAACCGCAACAUCAUCUUCAGCCGCACGAGGGACAACUGCCAGACCCUCACCAAAGAGGAUCGGAACUUGGCACUGGAAGGUCCGAGCCGUGCCGUUGUGUGGCAGGAUCAUUUGUACAUCGAGGUUAAGCUGACGGUGAAGGGGCCUACCGAAUCCGAGGAUAAAGACUUGAGAUUUCUAGUUGUGCCAUUCGCAUGUGGUAAUGCGGCGUACUCGUAUCACAAUUAUAGUUACAGAACUAGCAAGCUUAGUACGGUGAGGCUUUCACUUGGUCCUAUUGUUGCAUCUGUGGAGGCCACAAUAUUUGUGCGAGUCAGUGAUGGGUCGUCAUGGCCAGAUGGUUUCCGUGCCCAAUUCGCUGCAUUUACCACUGGCAGUCGUCGCAAGAUAGCCCCUAGCACUAGCAUUGAUCACAAGAAGAUAAUCUUGCUUGAUUCUGGAAGCAGAAAAGUGCCUGUUACUGCUGACGGCAGGGUCGUCCUCUCGCGGCGUGUCGUUUCGGUUGAGACUGGUGGGAAGCUGCGAGUCUGCGUCAAGGCGUGGGAGGCUGCGAGAAGCGUCAAGGAUGCCGUGAAGGAUGAGGUGCUCUUCACGGCCCAGGAAGCGGGUAGGAGCUCUGGUUUGCUCGAUGCUGGAUUUUGUAAAAUGGAAGUUACGGUCGCCUGGUCACUCGUUACCUAUGAUGAAUAG